CCAGUGACAGCCUCUCCUCCACACACACCUGCGCGACACCUGAUAUCAUAUCAUUACCUGAGGGAACUCCUCAACCUUUACCUUAGUUGACGCUGUAAAUUGGAGCGGAAGAAAUUGUUGUCGAGGUGACGACCAACAACGGUGAGACACUACGCGGCGACCAUCUCCUCGGUGUCCUGGGUCGUCUUGGAGUCUGAAUAUAUUAUUCAAAUUUGGCAGAGGUCAUCAUGAUGGUGUUUGAGUAAGGUAAUUGAGGUGUAGCGAGGCGGGCAGGGUGUGGCGGGGAGCUGGAGCAGGCGGGUGGCAGCGGUGCGCGGGUCGGGCGGCUACCGCAGUGCGGGGCGUGGCCGCCCGUCUGCUCCGCCAAUGGGGCGACGGUGGUGGCGGGAGCCAGGAGGGCUGGCCACCGCCGCCACAGUCACUGUCCGGCCUCCGCGGUGAUCGCACCCGCCAUGACGCUCGACCCCCGGCCUCUAGUGCCCUCCUCACCCCCACCGCCCACUUCCGCCGCCAUGACAGACCCCGCCGGGCCCCGGCCUUGUCCCCGCCACCCUCACGCCCGCCGCCGCCCACACUCCCGGUGUCUUCAUUGGCGGCGGCCUCCGCCUUGUCCAUGGUGCCGCGAUCAUCAGCGUUCACGGCCGUGUUCCCGUCCAUAGGCCGCGCGCCCUUGCCGGACCUGGCGGCACUCAACCUGGCGGCCUUCGAGUCUUACCUGGCACUAACGGGACUCUCUCGCCUCACUCAGCGACAGCCGUCAGACAGUCUGUCAUCACACAGUAAAAAGUUUGACUUCUCUCGCCUGGCAGAGAGUGUAUCGGAGAGCGAGAAGCGAGCGGCCAGCGGCAGUCCGCCUCUACCUGUCUCCUCGGCGGUGGCGGCGGCCAACCUGGCGCAGGUGGCACCUCUUAUGUCAUCGGUCAGGUCACUGCCGUUGCUCACCGACACUUACCCCCUGCUGCUUAACCCUUUAUAUCAGUCUAUGUUGGCACAGCAGCAACAACAACAGCAACAACAGCAACAACAACCACCCGACCGUGGGUUACCGGCGUGCCAUCGGCAGAGGACAGGCCCACGACCCAAGAAACAGUUCAUCUGUAAAUACUGCAACAGACAGUUCACCAAGAGUUACAACCUUCUCAUCCACGAACGUACACACACGGACGAGCGGCCGUACACCUGCGACAUUUGCGGCAAGGCUUUCCGCCGCCAGGACCACCUCCGGGACCACAGGUAUAUUCACAGCAAAGAGAAGCCCUUUAAAUGCACAGACUGCGGUAAGGGCUUCUGCCAGAGCCGCACUUUGGCCGUCCACCGCAUCUUACACAUGGAGGAGUCGCCCCACAAGUGUUCAACCUGCGGCAGGAGUUUUAACCAGCGGAGUAACCUAAAGACGCAUCUGUUGACUCAUACAGACAUCAAGCCUUACACCUGCCCCCAGUGUGAUAAGGUAUUCCGCCGUAACUGUGACCUACGACGCCACGCCCUCACCCACAACCUGACCUCACCCCUAGACCUUGACCUCAGUUCCCUCCCUCCGACCUCCUCUGAUGCCUCCCUACUGGGCCUUGACCUACCGUCCUCUCACCACCACCACCACCAUCACUCCCUCUCCCCGGCAGCAGGUUCGUCAGGUCCUGCCGGCGGCCAUGACGAAGAGCAUGACGAUAAGGACUCCACCAGCCUUGCCGCAGCUGCUGUCGCCGCCGCUGCCGCAGCCGCCGCCCGCACCUACAGCAGCAGUAGUGACGAGGAGGAAGUAGCCAGGGCAGGCAAGCGCUCCAAGAUCGACCGAGUUUUUCCCGACACGGAAGACUCAGUCGCUGGUGUAGACUUUGACGACGAUGAUGACGAAGACGAUGACGUAGACUUCGGGAAAGAUGACCUGGCGGAGGAAGACGAUGAUGAUGACAGUAAUCACUCCAGCCCUCCGACACUCCUGGGGAGGUUUAGGUCCCAGACGCAGAAGGAGUCGCUGAACUUGGGAGCGUCUACCUCUGCCUCCCUCGCCUCCUUCAGUAUAGCUUCCAUCAUGGGUGGUGGGGAUUAACUCCUGGAUGUUUAUAUAUAUAUAAAAAUAACCUUUAGAAGUUAGAUAAAACGUUGUCCGAAUUGAUGUAGGUAGAGACGUGAGGAGGGAGGAGGGUGACAGACCGACUACCACUGGUCUAGAAAAUGUCUUUGUGGUCUUUGAUAAUUUAUAAAUGCUAUUCAAGUGAUUCCAAAUUAUUCCGAGUGACUUAAUGUGAUCUUUAGUGGUUCCGAGUUACUCCGGGUAGACUGAGUGUGUUGUAGUCCCAAGUGUGUGUACUGUUGAGUGACUCCAAGCACUGGUGACAUCAUGGGACCCCAGGAAACUCCCAAGAGGUUCCCAAAGAGCCCAAGUUACUCACGUUGGUCUUGAGUGGCCGUGAGUGGCCCGGGUACCUGAGUGACAAGCAGGAGUCAGUGGCCGGGGUACCUGAGUGGCCAGCAGGAGUGGAGGCAAAACGAUAACUUGGUUGUGUGACCGACGACCACCACAACAAACACCUGUUCUGUUGUUGCUCUGGUGAGGAUGGCGUCGAGGAUCUUGAGCCGUGAAGGAGAGGUCCUGCCACGAUCAUCUAGUCACGUGACGAAGGGGCGCCUUCAGGAGAUAUGGCGCCGCCGAACCUCUGCCUAGGCUGGCGGAGGAUAGUCUACUGUAGUGGGCGUAUAUAGCAAACAUUUUUACACGCUUCAGGUUACAGCAUAACUUAGAAGACUGUACUUAUAGAUAUAGGGCAUCAUAAACAAAGGUAUGUGUGUGUGUGUGUGUGUGUGUGUGUGUGUGUGUGUGCGUGAGUGUGUGUGGUCGAGGUUGUAUGGCUAUGGACGACAACCAUACAGCAGCAUUACCCCCCCGGCCCCUCAUAGUGGCGGAAGGACCCUGUUGUUCCUCACCUCUCUCGGAGGGAGAGGAGAGUGUGUCAGCGGCGGCGUCCCUCAGGUCACACUCCUGCGUCCCGCCUUGUUUGUGAGACCAGCCAGACCUUGACGUCAGGACAAUUUUAACUAUACCGAAGACCCGAGUGAAGUGUUGGUGGUGUGUUAGCGCUGUUGUUGUCAGUCGCCGCAGAUUCUAGGAGGUAACCAGCCAGCCAUGACAACUGUAAUACUGACAACAGUGAGGGAAGACUCCUGGUGUUGGUAGACGGUGUCACGCCUCCUGGACAACCUCUGAACGAUGCAAGGUGUGAGUGUUGUGUUAAGGUCCUGCUGGAGGGAGGCGUUCUUGUCCUAGGUAAUCCACAGUCAACUACAUCGCUCACGAACGCAAGACUUGAUAACAAUCUUUGAACAAAACGUAGUUACUUCUCCCACGGUUUUUAACGAUGAGAUUAUACGUUAAUAAUCUACGUCUGGUAUAACAAAGGAACUAUAAUUCCAACACUAGAAAGACUAAAGGGACUUUUAUAUAAUUGGUAUAAUAAUCUAUGAAUCUGCCUGUGGAUAAGCGUACACAGGAAGGCCUCAGCGCAUGUUGUUGUGGUAGUAACCGACCGCUGGCAGGUGACAUUAUUCAAUACCUCAGCAUAAUAAUUUAUUCUUGAUGUUUUUAGUAGAUUUUAGCUGUGUAUAAUCUGUGUGUGUGUGUGUGAGUGUGUGUGUGUGUGUAAAUGUGUGUAAGUGUAUUGGUCACCUGUACUGUAUAUAGUUUCUCUACACAGAACUAUGUAGAGUGUCUCUGUGUGUGUCAAGUCCAUCAUAAGUGUGUGUAGGAAGACUCAGAACAAUAUUGUGUUGUGUUUAAUGCACUGUUGGACUCCCUCUCCCUCCCUCACACCAGUACCUCCCACAACACACACUAUGGGUCGCCCUCCACACCCC